UCUUCAUGGUCGUCUGCUUUAAUGGGAACAAAAGAUAUUGGGAAAAGUUUCCUUUCUGACAUGAAUGGCAUUGAAAGUGAUGAGAGUGAAAAAGACGAUGAAUUCAAUGACACUUCUACCCAUGCAGCGUCACCAAAAAGGAGACGUAAAGUUGAUAAUGAAGGUUUUGUGAGACCAACAACACCGGAUAUUCCGAAAACAUCUCCUUACUAUCAAUACCACACCAUCAACAGCGCUUAUACCAUGUCAGGUGUUGAAUCAGAUGAAUCAUUUGACCAGAAUUUCACGUCGUCUUUUAAUUUUGACGAGAAUGCAUCCAGUAGAAGUGACUUCCAAGUCUUAGACUCGAAUGAAUCAUAUGAAGUCCCACAGCUUUCCGAGACUCCAAAGGACCAAUCGUAUGAAGUGUCGCAAACUGCCGAUGACCAAUCAUAUGCAGAGUCUCAGUUUUCUCAGUCUUUUAAUGACCAAUUAAAUACCGCCUCUCAACAGUCUCAGUCAAUAGAUACAUUAUCCACAGACACAUCCACAACAACAGAAGAUGUCGAUACCAACGAAGAUUCUCAGAGUUCAUCUCAAAACAUUUAUGACGACAUGAAUAUUGCUGACAUCAUUACAGAUAUGAAGGAAAAGACUGCAAAAGUGUAUAUGCACUGGAUGGAACUUUUUCGUGAUGGCGAAAAAUUUGAGGAGGAAGUCCCAUCUCUCAUUGAUGAUUUACUAAAUCAAGCUAAACAAAUGGAACAACACCUUAUUGAACAGAAAGAAUCGCUUCGUCAGAGAAUUUAUGGAAUCACACGAACUCUAAGAAUUGACAAUCUUUGAUGCCAUUGAUAAUCAAUUAUUGGAAGCAAAUUCUGUAUACAGAUGUGGUAUGUGAUCGCAUUUUAGAUGAUUCCAGAUGGGAGUUUGGACAGAUUGCUUACUUUUGUGUUUACAAUAAAAUGUAUGAAUAUACA